GCAGCAGCCAAACGGGACUGACUUCGUGAAAAGGGUUAUAGGGGCUACAAGGCACUCCUUUGCAGCAAUGAACGCAAAAGCCCUCCUCAUCCUCCUUACGCUUGCUCUGGUUACUAUUCUUGCCUUAGUGUGUGUGUUGCUGACCAGGAAUGAGGGCUCUGCUCAAUGUGGUGCUGAAUCUCAGCCUUCCCUGACUGGAAGGCACAAUAACCAGAGCCUGGUAUUUGCUGCUCUGUCAGCAGAAGAGAUGGUCCUGGUCGUGAAGUAUCUACAGUCCCACCUGGGACUGCCCUUUGUAGAUGCUUAUCAUGCCAGCUCUUCUGAUAACUGCAUUUACUACCUGGACGUGGAACUUCCCCGCAAAGAAGAGGUGCUUCGCUUCCUCGAUCGUGGUGGACCACAACCACCUCGACAGGCACUGGCUGUGGUGUACUUUGGAAACCAGCCAGAUCCAAAUAUCACAGAGUACGUGGUGGGCCCAUUCCCCAAGCUAUUGUAUCAUCGGGAUGUGACCGUGCAAAAGUAUGGAAAGAAGUUAUCCUACCAUGGAAGAACUGUGAUGGGCAAUGAAUAUGAGCAAAUCCAGAAAUUUGUAGUGGAGAAGAAAUUUCUUGAGGCACCCACUUUCCUGAAAGAGGCAUUUGGACACAAUGGGAGCAACUUUGCAGGUCUCACAUCAGCCCCUCGGGGGUUCCAGUCUGGAGAUCGUUCUACUUGGAUUGGAUUGUUCCAGAAAGUAAAGGGCUACUUCCUGCAUCCAGUAGGAAUGGAGGUGCUGGUAAACCACAGCAGUCUGAACAUCUCCAACUGGAGUCUGCCAAAGGUAUUCUACAAUGGCCACUAUUAUAAUGGCAUGGCAGAGCUGGAAAGAGAAUUCAGAGAGAAUCGGGUGCCUGUGGCAAAACUGAAGACCAUCUCAACUGAUGGGGGGAUUUCCUCAAUGGAUCGAAGGAGACCCCCUCUGGGAUCUGGUCCUUUGCACUAUGAGCCUUGUGGGCUGCGUUAUAGUGUGAGAAACAACCAGGUAGUUUCCCCAUCUUGGAGUUUUGCCUUCAGGAUCGAUGUGCACAGAGGACCACAUAUCUACAACAUCAAAUUUAAGGAUCAAAGGAUUGUCUAUGAACUCAGUGUUCAGGAAGCCAUGUCUGUUUAUGGCUCUAAUAGCCCUGCUGGGAUGCUAACUCGAUAUAUGGAUGCAAGUUUUGGAAUUGGGAGGUACACUUAUUCCCUGGUCCGGGGAGUUGAUUGCCCUUACUCUGCCACCUAUCUCAAUGCUGUUUAUUUAGUUGAAACCUUGAAACCAGAAGUGCAGAAGAACUCCAUUUGUGUUUUUGAGCAAAAUGUAGGGGGGCCUUUUCGACGACAUUACUCCAACCUUGAGUCUCUCUACUAUGGGGGGCUGCCUGGCUCUGCACUUGUAUUGCGUUCUGUGGCUACUUUGGGCAACUACGACUAUAUCUGGGACUUUGUAUUUCAUCCAAACGGUGCCAUUGAAAGCAAAGUCCGAGCCACUGGUUACAUAACUUCAUCUUUCUUCUACGGUGAUGGGCUGAACUAUGGCAACAAAGUUGCAGAUAACACCCUUGGCACGAUCCAUACUCAUUUAGUCAACUACAAAGUGGACUUAGAUGUGGGAGGUGUGAAAAAUUCUUUGUUAGCCAAUGACAUGACUUUUGAGACAGUCAAGGUCCCUUGGAGCCCAGACCGAGAGAUCCUCCAAAUGAAAAUGGUGAAAAAAGUCUUGGAUACUGAGGACAAGGCUGCCUUCCGUCUUCAUGACAACAUGCCAAGAUACAUAUAUUUUGCAUCAGAUAGCACAAACAAAUGGGGCCAUAAACAGGGCUACCGGAUCCAGUCAAUUAGCUUUGCUGGGGACCACCUUCCAGAGUCAGAUUCCAUGGAGCGAGCUGUCAGCUGGGGCAGGUAUAAGCUGGCCGUCACCAAGCGAAAAGAGGAAGAACCUUUCAGCACCAGCAUCUAUAAUCAGAAUGACCCAUGGACACCUUCAGUUGCCUUUGCUGACUUCAUAGACAAUGAGACCAUUGUCAAUGAGGACCUGGUUGCCUGGAUCACCACCGGCUUCUUGCACAUUCCGCAUGCUGAGGACAUCCCCAACACUGUGACCCUUGGGAACGCUGUUGGCUUCCUUUUGAGGCCCUACAAUUAUUUUGACGAUGAUCCCUCCAUCUAUUCCCCUGAUAGCGUUUUCUUCACCAGUGAGCAGGAUCCCACUUCUUGUGACGUCAACCACAUUGCAUGUCUGCCCAAAACGGCUGCAUGCGUACCCAGCCUCCCGCCUUUCACUUAUGAGGGCUUCCAAAAUAUGACAAGGCUCUGAUACUUUCUGGAUUUCGGAGGUGGGAAAGUGAUGGAGACAGCUCUGCAUGAAAGCUCUGUGUUAAAAGGGCUGAGCUCUUUCUGUUCAGUAUCUUCUAACCCAAAUGUUAACCUUUGCUUGCCUGCAUUGUAAAUGUUUUGAAAAUUGUAUUUGCAAUAUAUCAGGACCAGAUGGAUUGUUCAUCUGAACAUUA